UUAAGUUUGAAGAAAGGGAAGACUAAUCGGAGGAGCUGCUGCCUUGCUUUUCAGACAUCUUCAGGAUGGAUGCUUGUCUCAUUGAUUCUUCUGACUUAAAUGAUGCUGAGGUGACUGAGCUAGAAAUAAUGAAGAAGCAUCAGAAAGACUUUAUGGAAGACAUUCAGAAAAUAAAUCAAGAGAUUGCUGAAAUAUUUCUGGAGAUUGAUCAUUUCCAGCAAGCACAAUCAUGCAAACUUAUUCAAAGGGAUAAGAACUUGAGCGUUGGACGGAAGAAAUUCAAUAUGGAUCCUGUUAAGGGUAUUCAAUAUCUGGUUGAACACAAGAUACUCUCCUUAGAUGCACAUGAAGUUGCUAAAUUUCUUUACCAGGGAGAAGGACUCAAUAAAACAGCCAUAGGAGAUUACCUGGGACAAAGGGAUCCACUGAAUCUCCAAGUUCUCCAGGCUUUUGUAGAAUGUCACCAGUUUGCCAAUCUCAAUCUUGUUCAAGCACUACGGCAGUUUUUGUGGAGCUUCCGUUUGCCUGGAGAAGCCCAGAAGAUUGACCGUAUGAUGGAAGCUUUUGCCAAUUGGUAUUGUCAGUGUAACCCAGGCAUUUUUCAGUCAACAGAUGCCUGCUACAUCCUUUCAUUCUCAGUCAUCAUGUUGAAUACCAGCCUCCACAAUCCAAAUGUCAAAGAUAAGCCUCCAUUUGAGCGGUUCAUGUCCAUGAACAGAGGCAUCAAUAAUGGAGCAGAUCUUCAAGAAGUGCUUCUGAAGAAUUUAUUUGAGAGUAUCAAAAACGAACCCUUUUCCAUCCCAGAGGACGACGGAAAUGAUCUCACCCACACUUUCUUCAACCCUAGUCGGGAAGGCUGGCUCCUCAAGCUAGGAGGCAGAGUGAAGACCUGGAAACGCCGCUGGUUCAUUCUGACAGAUAAUUGCCUCUACUAUUUUGAAUACACCACGGACAAAGAGCCUCUAGGGAUUAUCCCACUGGAAAACCUAUCAGUCCGACCAGUAGAUGAUCCCAAGAAACCAAAUUGCUUUGAGCUCUUCAAUGCAAACUGCAAAGGGCAGAAGAUCAAAGCUUGCAAGACUGAUGGGGAUGGAAGGGUGGUUGAAGGCAAGCACCAAUCCUAUAAGAUCUCUGCAGCCUCCCAGGAGGACCGUGACCUGUGGAUUGAAGCCAUACAAACCAGCAUCACUAGAGAUCCCUUCUAUGACUUGGUUGCUGCUCGUAAGAAAAAAGUUACCAGCAAAAAAUGAACCUUCUGGCUUGUACCACCUUGUUUGGUGGAUGAUUAACACCAAGAAAAUAUUUAUUUGAAGUCUGUAAUGGCAAAAUUCCUCAACCAUCUCUGAGACAGACAAGAGAAUGAAAGGAUGAUCAGCGGCCUGCUUCCAUUUUCUAGAGUCAGCGUAUGCAGAAUCAGAAACUGGUACAGGAAUUCUUUCUGCACAGAAAACAAGCACAGAUUUCUGAGUAAAUGGAGCAGGAUAUAGUUGUGUGCAUGUGCCUAGGUAUGGAUGAUGGAAACCAGGGAAUGGUUUCAACAAUAUUUUAAUACCUGUAAGACUAGAUUUUUCUACAUUGACACCUGCCUACUCUGACUCACUGUCUUGAGGUUUCUUGAAUAAUGAUGCUAUCUGAGAUAAAUUUACUUGGAAUAAUAGGAUGAAGGACAAAGUGAACUAAUAGACUCAAGAGAUGCUGGCCAGAAUAAACACAUAUUACUGUGUGGCUGAGCUUGGCAAAUGGCUGGUUUGGAGCUGGGAAUUAUUGCCAAGUUGAUGGUAAUCCUGAAUGUUAGUUUUUUUUUAGGACAGAAUCUUCCAGCCAAAGUCAGGCUCUAAACAAUAAUCAAUGCAAUGAGUUGUUAGUUCCUAUGUUCUUUGAGUUGGCUGGUGUCUGCUCAUCAGUGUUGGAACAGUUGAAAAGUGUGUUUACAGAUGGAUAAUUGUUUACUUCUCUUCUCUUCUGAAACAUUCAUUAGCCUAGAGGAUCAAAAGCUAGUUUUGUUUUUGUUUUUUUGCUUUGGAAGACUUACAUUCAAAUUCCAUCUUGACCAUAGUGAUCGUGGGAAAAUUGUUUCCUUCUCGUCUGAAUUUUUCAUCUAUACAAUGAGUUCUGUAAAAUAAUAACAUUUGUUUAACGUGGUUAUGAAGAACUGGAUUGUUGUAAGAAUGAUGCCUGCAUGCUAAUGAGUAGUACGAUAUUUUUGUUUAAGGAGAUGUAAAGAGUUGCUUGUUAUUAAAAUACACUCCCAUAUGCACACUUAGCCAGAAUUCGGGUGUGUUGUUUUCCACACUGAUACAAACAGAUGGAGAAAUAACUGUUUUUCUUUUCAAAUGAAAAAAAUGAAAAACAUCUUGAGGUCUUUUACACUUGUGGUUUUGUUUUUAUUUUAUCAACAUAAAACAGAAGCAGGAGGUAUGUUAUGUGUCUCUAUUGCUUUUCUUUUUUCUUAUGAAUCCCACUAUACAAUUUGGAAAAAUACCAAAGAUUUGUUAGAUAUGAAAAGUCUUAAAUUCACCAAAUGGCAACCCUAUUCAAAGAAAGAAAAUUCAGUCAAAGUAAGAAAGUCCAGCUUGGAUGGCCCAACAAAUAGCUUGAUAUAAAAUAGCUUAUAAUAUUAACAUUGACAGGUUUGGAAGCUGAUGGCAUUCAAAGAUAUAGAAGAUGUACUCUUAUUCAGAAUAAGGAAUAUACAUGGCAAAAAAAGAUCCAAUUUUGAGUCUUAUCCGGCACUCCUAAAGUAUAUCAUCUGAACUAAUUCACUGGAAAGAUCCAAUCUGACUUUAAUCCAUGAUUUUAAGUGGAUCCUGAGAGAAGAGAGCUCUUCUUGCAUAGAGAUUGUAUAGUAUGUAUAGUUCUAGUACAUGGAAGAAACAUGUGCUCAUUUGUUUUAAUUGUUACAGAAUAAAAUGAGAUUUGCAGGAAAGCUAUACAUGUAAUGGAUGAAUUAAAUAAGAUCACUAUCAAAAUAAUUCAUAUAGGGGGAUUGAAUUAAUAUCCUUUAAAUUUGAUUUCUUUAUUUAGAAAAGUGCCUACAAUUCUGUCAUUUUAGGAAUGGAAUAAUUCCUAAAUUAUUCAGAGUAAGUGGUUACUCUGGUGGGAAACAUCCAAAAUUCUCAGAUUAGGUUGAGAGAUAUUUUGCAAAAAGGAGAGUGUUCUGAGGAACCCAAAAGUGCUUUUUCAAAGGACAACUGGACUUUCUUUUUCCUUGAAGAUGUUUUGGUUCUCAUGCAAGAAGUUUCUUCAGAACUGAAAAAGCUUCUUGGAUGAGAAGCGAACUAUCUUCAAGGAAAAACAAAGCCCAGUUGCCUUUUGAAAAAACACUUUUGAGACAACCAUGACCUGGAUGACUGAGAAACUCCAUAGACAUAGCACUUUGAAGAAUGGUGAUGCCCUCCCUGAAUGUAGUAGAGCUGAUUUGUGGGGAUUAAGGUAAAAAUAUAAGACAUGAACCCAUCAUGGGUUAGUUCAUGCAUAGCUGAAAGGACCAAACAGCAAUGAGGGGACAAACAAUGAAUGCCAGCUGCUGGCCUGUGAGUGAAAUGUUUAUCUGAAUUUGAAUAUUUUGGAGAAUGAAUAUGUAAAGCAUUGUAUGAUUCAGAAACAUUGGAUGUAGUGUAAUACUGGAACAAUGGGAGAAUAUGUGGAUGAAAGGCCUAAAAUUUACACUAAAUUACAAUUUAAAAGAAAAAAAUUAUAAGAUGAUGUAUCUUUGGUAUUUAACACCAGAUAAAUUGUCAAGAAUGUAUAAAGGUAUUUCAAAUGAAUGGAAAUGUAAAGGUAAAGAAGAGGACUGUUAUCCUUUAUGGUGGGUAUGUGAUAAAGCAAAGAAAUAUUGGAGUAGGAUUCACAUCUUAAUACAGAAGAUUCUCAAAGUGAAUAUAAAGAUAAAACCAGAAACUUUUAUUCUGGGUUUAAUGGAAAAAGACUUGGGGGAAAAAAUGGAACUUUGAUGUUAUGUUGACGGCAGCAAUAUUACUUUAUGCACAAAAAUGGAAGGACACUUUGAUGCCUACAAUGGAAGAAUGGUUGCAAAAGCUGAUGGACUUAGCAGAGACAGCCAAAUUGACUGCUUUGAUUAAAGAAAAAAAUACAAUUACUUUUGUUUCUACUUGGAAACCACUUCUCAACUUUGUGCUUGAGGUGGGAAAAAAUGAAACUUUGAUUUUGGGUUUUACCAAUUAAUAGGUUUAUUGUUAUAGAAAUGACUUGUUUAUAAUAUUAUUAUGUAAAAGUUGAAGCUUGACAUUACUAUCUUAUUUUACUGCACCAAAGGGAGUUGGAAGUCAAUGCUUUCUUUCUUUUUUCCCCUUGCCCUACAGUUUUCCCUUCCAUUUUCCCUCCCCUAUUUUCCUACUAUUUUCUUUUAUAUUUUUGUAUGAUAUAUUAUAAACUAAUAAAAAUGAAAAGCAUAAACAUUUUUUAAAAAAUAAUAUUUUAUACCUACCUAGUUUAGAAACCUUUCACAAUUUGUUUUUUAAGAUCAGGGAUGAGAGGAAUGCUAGCAUGUCUAGUGUGAUCCUUUGGCUCACACUCAGAAAUUAGUGUGAUCCUAAUUUCUCAUGUUAAAAUUGGAGAUACAUGAACUGAUUUCCCCAGAUUAUUGGGAAUAUGUAUAAUAGAAAGACUGUGACUUUAACAAGCAACUCCAAACAAAUUAUAGAUAACGUUGAAUAUAAUCAAGGUUUGAUGCUGGUAGCAAUUCCACAGCUAUGCAGGAAGAAGUGUAUAAAGUGUACUUUUUUGGAAUAAUAUCAGUAGUAGUAGCACUGAGCUAUUAUAAUUCUGAAAUACAGUCUGAAAAUGUGUGAAUACCAGAGUAGAAAUAAAGAUUUAUUGAUGCCAA